AAGGCAAGGUUUUUUUAAACGAAGAUUCAAUGAACCGUCUAACUUGUCGUUUUUGGAUGAAAAAAAUUUCUGCAAUUAAUUUACAAUUCCCUAGAGAUUAUUCAAAUAUUAGUGACUUCAGAAGUGUACUUUCUAAAUCACACAAUGUUCUAGCAUUCACUGGUGCUGGUAUAAGUGCUGAAAGUCAUGUUCCAACCUUUAGAAGAUCUGGUGAAUUAUGGAGAAAUUUUCAUACCCAGGAUCUUGCUACACCCGAUGCAUUUCAUUCAAAUCCUGGUUUGGUUUGGGAGUUUUAUCAUUACUGUCGUGAAGUCGUUCGUUCUAGAUGUCCUAAUGCUGGACAUUUAGCUCUUGCCCAUGCAGAGAAACAAUAUAUUGAGUGUGGUCGCUCAUUCUUUAUUAUUACACAGAAUGUGGAUGGCCUUCAUGCCAAAGCAGGAUGUGUUAAUGUAUUGGAAUUGCACGGAAAUCUCUAUAAAACACGAUGUUUAGAGUGCAAUGACAUUCGAGUGAAUUUCGAUAAACCAAUAUGUGCAGCAUUACUAGGUCGCGGUUCACCAAUCAUUGAGAGUAUUCCAUGCAAGCCAAUUCCUUUAUCUCAGUUACCACGCUGUCAAAAUCGUAUUAACAAUAAUAUAUGUGGUGGACUACUACGACCACAUGUCGUUUGGUUUGGAGAAAAUCUUGAACCACAUAUCCUUUCUAAAGCUGGUGAAAUAGUUCAGAAAGCUGAUGUUUGUCUGGUUGUUGGUACUAGUUCUGCUGUUUAUCCCGUUGCAAGUUUUGCUCGAUCUUUAGCUAACCGUGGAAUUCCUGUCGCUGAGAUCAAUGUAGAAGUUACUCCAGCCACUCAUUUAUUACAAUACCAUUUUCAAGGAAAAUCUGGUGAUGUUCUACCUAAACUGUUUGACUCCUUAACCUUAACUUAGUCGAUAUGAUAAUUGAUCAUUGUUUUGUAAUCUUUGUUUACGGUGAAUCAUUUGUAUAGUCCAUUCUAAUUACACCUUCUAUUGGAAUAUCAGUUGGACAAGAAGAAUGAAACCAGUUAAUGAACCGAUAAACCUUUUCUGUAUAUAAAAUGCAGUGUUUAAGAGGUGGAAUAAAUAUUAUGAAUUAUUAGAAUUCAAAAAAAUACUGCUUUUUUACAAAAGGGUCUAAAGAGAUGUGUAGUUAUUUUUUAUAUCUUCAUUAUAUUUCUUUCUAUUACCAUUUUAUAAAACUGACAAAUUCAAUUACCUACCAUCAAGGUAACAUUAUUCAGUGAAUCACAUGAAUAAAUGAUUGUAUUAUUGAUGUAUAUCACAAAAUCGUUUUAUUGUACUUUCUUUUCAGGGAGGUUUUCAUCAAUGUGGUUGUUGUUUUGUCCAUUUCAGUUUCUAUCUUUUGUUUAGUUCCCAAAAGUCAUUUAUGACAGAGAACUUUACUUUUGUACCUAUACCUUUUUCAUCAGCCGAGAUUUUCAGCUUCAUUCGCUUUUUGUGCUAUAAAGCAAGAUGUCACCUAGCCCCUCCCGAAAUAGUGAUAUUUCAAUCGUAAUUUUGGUAGAAUUUAUACUUUUUGGCUUGUUAGCCUCUGUUACUAUUUGUUUUCCGAUAUAAUAAAGUUGUUAGCAAGCAUAGUCUACGUUUGAAGAGAGUGUCAUUAGUCGUAACAGUAGUCAUGCGUAAGUUGCUAGAAUACAGGUAGUGAUUGGUUGUCUGAAAUAAUACAGUAUGUUUUAUUGUUUUUUUCAUCAACCGCGCGAUGAUGAUCAAAAUUCCGUAGAGGGAUUUCUUUUUAAACAAAGUUAUUUUCAACAUGUACAUUUUUCAUAAAUUGUAGAAGAAGUUGGUCAUGCAGUAGUAAUCAAUGCCAUGUUUGUGUACUCUUUAGUGGUUAUUGAAUUUUGUCGGUUAAGUUGCAAAGUGAUCUCUAAUCUAGAAAAAACAUGCAGUUUUGAUAUCAGGUAGUUGAAUAUUGCAAGCAAAUGGACACUCGAGUCUGGAAUACUUCAGUGGUAACGUCUUGGAUACAAGCUAGAUAGCCUCGUUCGACUUCCAGAGCGAGCAUCUGCCCUCUUGAAAAUGCAGGUAACCCUUACUGAUGAGUGUAAACUGGCACGAAACUUAGCUCCAGAGUUUCUUGUAGGCUAACUCUAGCUACCUCAGUGGAUAAUCAUGAUAAUAGCUAGUAAAGUGUAAAUAACAACGGAAUAUGUUGAUUCACACAAUUUAUAUAGUUAAUGAACCGAUGUCAAACUCGUAAAUAAUCUCUUAAUGUUAACUAAAGACAAAUUCAGUAAAAAUGAUUUAUUCCCUUGUUUAACGCUGAUGUUACUAGAAAUACUAUAUUAUCUGACGCCAGAAACAUUCGACAGCUAGAACAAGAAAUUCGGUAAAGGGAAUGGAAUGCUUUAUAACCGUGUUAAAGAUAAACAUCGAGUAAAAUUCCUCCGUUUAAAUAUGCUUCAUUUCAUGAAUGGGCUCUCUCUUCUAUACGGUCCUAUUGGAUGAACGAAUUUUAUAAGGAUUGGAUGGUUUUCAAUACUAGCACUCAUUAGGUUGCAGUCUCGAACUACACUUUAUCCCUUUAUUUUUGGCAGGCGGGAGUCAUCAAUAAUUUUCCCAUGAAGUUUGCAGGAGAAUGAAAUACGCAAUAAUUUGUUCUGAAUGAAUUUAUUACACCAAAUUAAUCAGAAUACAUGGGAUUAAAAUAUUUGUAGUUUUUUUAAUUAGAAAUAUCUUCAGUUGCUUUGUUG